UCCAAGACAUUUAGAUGCCAAUAUUGAAUUGUUUCAGAGGAGUAUUGAUCAUUACCAAUACGAAUUACCGCCAUUUCAUAACGUUCGGUUGUUGAAAGACUCACGUUGAGUUCGGAGGAUGUCCAUUGUCUGUUGAGGAAGUGAGUGCUGGUCCCAGUGUGUGAAAUGGUGAAUUUUCUUUGAAUUGCUGAAAGAAACACAAUAUUUUGUAAGUGGUAUUCGAAUCUAUGUUGCAAUUACUUGUUUUGUAGUUGCUUUUGUGGAAGUGAUUAUCGGCCAUUGAACCAUAUUUGUUUCACCAGAACUCAGAAUGUUAUUGGCGUUGAAGAAUUUUGUGGAUCGCUGUUACAACAGUUUAGUAAACAGAUACAGUCUCUGAAAAUGGUGAAAACUAGGAGUGGUGAUACAAGUCAGUAUUUGGAUACAGAGAUGCCAGUAAAAAAUUCUGUGGUGGUAAAAGAAGACGACGAUGGGAGUGAUAACAGUGACCAUGGAUCCAAUAAGGAUGAUUCCUACCCUCAACAGUCCCCUUGUUGGAGCCGAGAAUUACGAAAUCGCUUUGUUUUUAGUACUAAAGAUCGUACACGUAAUUCUGGAGACUGUAAUGUGCAUCCCAGAUAUGGAAAACAAGGAAUUCGUUCAAGGCGCCAUAUUAGAUGUGGAGCACCUCUGACUUUAAGUGAAAGAAAUUCAGUUUACAGAGAUGGUAUGGUUGAAGAUUUAGAUGACAGUGAUUCAUUUGAUCAUCCAGAAGAUGAUGACGAUGAUGAUGAUGAUGAUGACGACAUUUUUAGCCCUUGUCGCAAAAGAGUAAGGACUUGCCGCCAACGCCAGUCCUAUAGGACCCACCUUCGAAGUUCACGCACGUCUUCAAGAAGAGAGCAUAGGAGCAGUAGUAAAUUAAAUGGUCAUGACAGCAGGAUUGAAAAACAAGGUGAUGAUGCACAAGAAGCUGAAGGUGUCAGGCGCAGUACUAGACAACGAAAACUUCUUUAUGAUAACUUCAAUACGAGUUGGAUACUUGGAACUCAGACUCUGAGAGGCUACCCAAUGUUCUUGCCAGACAAAGAAGAAGUGGAGAAAGGCUGCACAGAGGGCAGUUCUCGUACACAGGAGCGGGUUGAAGAGGAGGAGGAAGAGGAGGGAGACACUAGCAAAGAGACGUGCAAGAAAAAGAGACAACCAUUGGUAGAAAUGCCUGCUGCUGUAGAUGAUAAUUUUGAAGAUAUGUACUCAAGAGUGAAACGGCCAAGGCGGUCAACUCGCAGAUUGAUGUAUCCUCAGCAGCAGCCUGCACCAAGAUCUCGCAAAAUUAAUGAAGAUAGUGAUGAUGCGAGUGACUCACAAAGCAGUCAGACUUCGUCAGACUCUGAAGAAGAAGUGGAAGUGCGGAGGGAAAAAUACCACCUUCGAAAGACAAAACCGACUGUGCAGAGGUUCCAGGUGAAUGUUGAUCCACCACGACGAUCGUCCCGAAUCUUCCGUACAGUUUUAUCGUCUGUCAGACGAAGACGACACCGCGAUGACAGUUCGUCGAGCAGCAGUGAAGAAGAAAGGUUUGACAGGAAAAAAGUGAAGGGCCACGGCAAAAGCAGGACACGUUGCCUUCCCAUAAACAUACAUACAAAUGAUCUUCCUGUGAGUAGUAGGCCACACGAAGCCAGCAAAAAACUCGCCGAUGUUAAUCCCGUCGUGUUAGAUACGAGCAUACGCUUUGAGGACGUUGGUGGCUUGGAAGAGCAUAUACGUUGUCUAAAAGAGAUGGUAGUUUUCCCAAUGUUAUACAAAGAAGUGUUUGAUCGCUUCAGUAUAAGGCCACCGAAAGGAGUUCUUUUCCACGGUGCUCCCGGGACAGGAAAAACCUUAAUCGCUCGGGCGCUUGCAAAUGAAUGUUGUCAAGGUGAUCGAAAAGUAUCAUUUUUCAUGCGUAAAGGAGCAGAUUGUCUUAAUAAGUGGGUAGGAGAAUCAGAAAGACAAUUGCGUCUUUUGUUUGAACAGGCAUAUGAGAUGCGUCCGUCCAUAAUCUUCUUUGAUGAAAUUGAUGGUUUGGCACCAGUUCGUUCUUCUAAACAAGAUCAGAUACACGCUAGUAUAGUGUCGACACUACUUGCCCUCAUGGAUGGCCUAGAUAACCGGGGUGAUGUUAUUGUCAUUGGUGCAACCAAUCGAAUUGAUGCAAUUGACCCUGCUUUGAGGCGGCCUGGUCGCUUUGAUCGGGAGCUCUACUUCCCUCUACCAGCUAAGAAGGAAAGGCAAGAAAUUUUGCGCAUCCAUGUCAGCCGUUGGCAGGAACCACCUCCACCAUCUUUAUUAGUUUCAAUGGCAGAACAGGCAGUUGGUUAUUGUGGCUCAGACUUACAAGCUCUGUGCUCUGAAGCUGUAAUCCAAAGCUUAAGGCGGAGAUAUCCCCAGAUUUACAAUUCGAGGCAAAAAUUGCUGGUUGAUCCCAAAGCAGUGAAGGUGGAUAAAUUAGAUUUUCUGCGAGCCAAAAAGUACAUAGUGCCUGCAGCACAUCGUGUUGCACCAUGUGUUGGACGAAAACUAUCACAGCUUGUUGAACCACUGCUGAAGGAUUUACUGGGUGAAGCGAUUGACAUUCUGAGACUGUCAUUUCCUCACAGCACAUCUCGGAAUGUUAUUGGCACUGGUGGCAUCCAUCGGCCUCAACUGCUACUUGUAGGGGAUUCUGCAGCACAUGGUCAGACAACCCAUCUUGGUCCAGCCUUGUUGCAUCACAUGGAACAUUUGCCAGUACACACACUUGAUCUGGCUAAGCUCUUCGGUGUGUCAGGAUGCACUCCAGAGGAGGCAUGUAUUCAGGUUUUCCAGGAAGCUCGCCGAAAUACUCCGUCCGUCAUAUAUGUACCUGGAAUAUCUCAGUGGUGGUCUCUUGUUGCUGAAACUCUGCAGGCUGUAUUUUUAUCAAAUUUGCGUUUGCUUAAUCCAAGCAUUCCAAUUUUAUUGCUUGCUACAUCAGAUGUACCAUAUAAAAAAUUUACCACAUCAGGUUUGUAUUAUUUAGUGAAGGAGUUAUUCAGUGACUAUCGUGGAGAAGUAAUUAAAGUUGGUAAACCAAACGCUGCCAAACGGAGAGCGUUCUUUGCACCCAUUUUUACUGUUGUUCCAUUAAGGCACCCAAAGCCUAGAAGAAAAGCAGCUGCCCCACUUCCUGAACUGCCAGUAGCACCGCCACCUGAACCACGUAAACUUUCAGAAGAAGAACAGAAGGCGCUAUAUGAGAAGGAGGAAGGCACAUUAAGGGAAUUGCGCAUAUUUCUGAGAGAGAUAUGUGCCAAACUUGCUCGUAACCGCCAGUUCUACAUGUUUACAAAACCAGUAGACAUAGAAGAAGUUCCUGACUACCUUGCUAUCAUCAAGCAACCUAUGGACUUGGAGACAAUGAUGACAAAAAUAGACCUACAUCGUUACUCCUGUGCUCAAGAUUUUCUAGAUGAUAUUGAUCUUCUUUGCAGGAAUGCUUUGGAAUACAACCCUGACAGGGAGCCUGCUGACAAACUUAUAAGACAUCGUGCUUGUUCACUUAGAGAUACUGCGUAUACAUUGAUAAAAGCCCAAAUGGAUUCGGAUUUUGAGGAGCAGUGUAAAGUUAUAGCAAAAGCGAGAAGAGAGAGGGCAGAAUCUCCAUCACGAUUUGCACCUGAGUUUGUGCUCACCACAAAUGAACAAACUUCAAGUAAAGAAAAUAGCCCAAAAUUAGCAAGUACACCAGUUAAAGACUCAACGACUUCUACCGAUACAAGUGGAGGAAAUGGUUCAAAUGAAAUAACAGGUUUCCCCAAGAGUCAUUGGAAGUUCAACAGUGAUUCGUGCCUUUCAAAAAAGCGUCGUCGAUCUGCUUGGUCAAGGGGCCUACUGAGACAUAGCUCUGGCAAAAAGAAGAAGCAUUGUGUUCGUCAUGUGCUGUCUUUGAGUCCAAAUGCUGGAAACAAUAAUUCUAAUUCAGCAUCCACGAAACUGGAUGCUGAUAAUAUUGCGAAAGAAAGAGUAAUCAAUGGUCCAUUGAAUAUUAAGGUUGAAGGAGGCAAAAAAAUAAAUGGAGAAAAUGAACCACUUCACUUGGAGGGGAAAAGGAAAUCAAAAGAUGAUUUAGAUUGUGCCUCAGUAACAAAAUUAGCAGAGUCAGCUAUAUAUAGUGUCUGUCAGACCAACAUGGAUGCACAUGCCGAUGAGACAUUGAUCAACUACGAUAAUGGGAGUCAAGAUGAUGCAGAUGCAGGCCAUGAAUUGGAUAUUUCUGCUGAUCAGGAGCAGUUGAAUGACACAGUAUGUGAGAGGAAUCCUUUGACAUUGGACAAGGAUAGAUUAGAAUCAUUACUACAUAAAGCAGUACUAAUAACUGAGCAUUGUGCUGCAGAAACAUUGCUCGAGCUGUAUGCUCAACUGCGGAAAUGUGUAUUGAAAUAUAGCAAUCAAUGGGACAGAAGACAGCUACCUCAGGAUUUGGAUGUGGAGCUUAGGAGAUUUCAAGAACAUUACUCCCAAUUACUGUAACUGCCAGUUGGUAUGCUCAAACAUAUUUUGUAUGAAAUAGAAGUUAUAGAUACAAUACAUAAUGCUGUUAUUUUUGACUUCCAUUCAUAUGUUUGCUCAUAUUAUAUUUGGAUAACAAAAAAUCAUACAUUUUGGUAAUGUCGUUGUAUAUGUUCUGUAAUUUAUUGACUUCCAUAAGUGGUUUGGUUGUUGUAAAUUAGUAUGCCAUAAUAAGCAUUGUAAAUAAGGUACCGUGUGUGUGUGUGUGUGUGUGUGUGUGUGUGUGUGUGUGUGUGUGUGUGUGUGUGUGUGUGAGAGAGAGAGAGAGAGAGAGAGAGAGAGAGAGAGAGAGAGAGAGAGUGAGUGAGUGAGUGCUCACUCCCACAAGAGUGGGUUAUAUAUAUGUGAGAGAAAGAUGUCAUUGUUUGUGCUAACAGAUGCUGGACACUUCCAGAGUUUUUUGUUAAUACUGAGUAAGACAACAGUGUUCAAUAAUUUAUUUUUAUUAAAUAUGCACUAAAUUUUGUAGACUUCAGUGUAACAGGGUUUCCCAAAUAAUAAAGCACCGCCAGUUGUUGAAUCUCAGGGAAAAUGACUGCCAGAAUUGUAGAUAAGUUAAAUGUUACAGUGUUCACCAUGUAAUGUGAUUUUAAAAUAGGUACACUUCAUUGGUCUAGUUGUAUAAAUGACAGGCCCCUUUUAAUGACAGGUUUAUGUUUCAGUUGUGCUAACAGCAAAAAAAGAGGAAAAAUGUACACAUUCUUAAUUAUUUUUAUUCACAAGUAGUAGUUAUUGUUCUUUGUAUACAAACCAGUCUGGCAGUAAAUUAAACUGCUUUCCUGAUUGCCUCUGUUCAAAAUUGAUUUUAAUGCUUGCUUCAAAUUUAAUAGAAGUUACCUGUUAUCUUUCUUCUAUUGUGCACACUUUAUGAAACUUAAUUUUGUCCACUCUUUGUGCUGAUUCACUUAAUUUUGUCCACUCUUUGUGCUGAUUCUUUAACACAUUUUACAUUUGUCUCCAACACCAAAUGAUAAGAAAACACUUGCAAUACAGGCAAUAAAUAAGAUAAACUAAAAUUUAUUAUUUUCACAAAUGUUGUUAUUAUGACCUAGAUGUGUUAUUUGUAGGUUCAUUCUCUUGAGUACUUCUACUUUUAUUGUUUAUAUUACUGUGAAGGGUAGUUGCCUUGUGUUUUGUGAUUUUUAAGAGUACUUAGGCAGUGCUCAGAACAAGACUGUAAGUAUCUAAUUUCUCAGUGGGGAGUAUGACACAUGGAAAACUACACAUGCGUUUUUAAUAUUGACUGUGGAAGAAUUAUUAAAAAUGAACAUUAAGAACAUUUAUACUAGAAGUAGAAAAGUUAAGGGAAGAAAAAUUAUGUUGCUGUUUGGGCAGAUGAUUUUCAUGUAACGACUGCCAGCUAAAACUACUGUGAUGAGGCAGUGACUAAUAGUAUUUGCAUUAAUAAAAAUGGUAGUUGUUGUUGUUCUCGUGUGGACAGGACAACAGAAGAUACAUCAGUUGCAGUAUUCAAAACUGUCCCGUUUAAAUAUUAAAUUAAGUAGUUAAAUACCAAAUGGCUGUAUAGUGUCAAAUUUUAUUUGCCCUCUACAUGUGCAAACAUUUUUGCUCUCCUGAGACUCUCUAGUGAAAGAUGUUUUGAGAAAGUUGUAAAGGUAAACAUUAAAUAAAUAACACAACCAAAGCUCACAUUUCAUACAAGAAAGAAUGUGCUACAGUGUGAUUUGAGGAAAAUCGUGUGGGACCGUUCCCUGUAGUUAAGUUUGCUCGUCUUGUAUAAUUAUCACUGUAAUUGCAGUGCACAUGUGUCAAGAAGUUUACUGUGCAGGAACACAAGUCUUCAGGUUUACAUAACUGAACUGUAGUCAUAGAAUAUUCAAAGAACUGUUCAAAGAAACUGCUGGCUAAUCAUUUUCUGAUGUGGGGGACCACAUCACUUCUGUUUUAAUCGUGUAGGUUAUUUAUUUUAAUGUACAAAAAAUGACAUUUAUAAAAUAAUCAUGAAGAUCUUGGAUGAACAUUUCACUGAAGUAUAUCCUAGUGUAAAAUGUUCUGAAAACUUAAAACUGUGCCAAAAUGGAAAACUGUUCACUGCUGUAUAAGAAAAUAUUAAUUGUAGAAAUAAUCCUAAAAGUUUUGUUCAGCCAUUCUCCACAAUGUAUUGGCCUACAGGAGUGCUAGUAGAGUUAAGUGAGCAAGUGAACAUUGAGGAAUGUGGUACCAGCUGAUUGGAGCUCUAAAGUUAAUCUUUAAUCAGGCCUAGAUAGCUUAAUUGUAAAAAGCAUUGCCCGUGAAAAACAAUAGUAUGAGGUUUGGUCAACCACGCUGUUUGUCUGUGAAGCAUACUGAACGAAACAUAGAAAAGCAUAUGAAACAGGAGACAUAGAACAAAAUAACAUUAUCAUUUUAUCACAAAUUCCAGCUGAUAUGUUGGAAGAUCUGUUUCCUUCGGAUGUGAGAAAAAAUAACAUUCAUUUUUAAUACAUACACUCAAGUACUGGAAAGAGAGGCAAGCUUCAUCAGAACAACUACCACUCAAACUGAAGUGACGACAAUAGGAUAUAGAGCAUAAUCAAAACAGUGUGCUAAGCAGGCUCAAUUCUAUUCUUUCCACAUAUUCAUGUAAAUGAAAAUAUCGACCAGUACGUAAACACAGUAUAUUAAAUUUGAGUCCACCAGUUAUUCUGUAAUAGAAUACAGGGAAAAAACUAAGCAGCCUUCAGACAGUUAAAAUGUAACACAUUGGAAAAACUCGUUAAGAUGCACAAUUUAUUUGGUAUUCCCAUACACCACCUCCAUGUGCUCUAAAAUUCUGGUAUCAUCUGUGGCCCCGCACUCCCACAACAUAAGUGGUUUUAUGUAUAGUUUUUCAGAUGUUGCUACCAGUAGAAACAAAAAAGUAAUUCUUAAUGUUUUGCUUUUUGUGUGGUGCCCUGAAGAAAAGUAAGUCCAUUUAAAUUAUUAUAAUUAUAUUAAGCAUCAAUUUAGGAUUUGCAGGAAGUGAAUAGGACUCUGUGCCUGUUAUCGGGACGCUGAAAGAGUAUAUUACACACACUUCAGCAUUUCCGUGGUAGAUAAUCACCAGUUUACAUGAGUGUGUCUCAUGAGGCUAUACAGAGCAGUAUUUAUAUAUGUGGCAAGCAAUUUGAAUCUGUAUUUGAGUGUGAGCAUUUCAUCUUCCACUUGCCUGAAACUGGCUGAGAGCUAAUAAACAAACAUUUGGCAAAAAACGACAUAUAGGCUUUGAAUACUGCAAUUUUUUCAUAAACUGCUGUGAUUGAUUUUGUGGUAAAAGAACAGCUUACAUUGUUAUAAGCAGAUUUCUUUUAACCAAUGUAUAUAAAUGUAUCUUAAUCUGUGAAUGAAUUAUUGUUUCUGCAAAAUGUAGGAACAGGGUUCAAAUGUCAGUUACACUGUAUUUGGAUAACUAUUUUGGACAGAACGCUUUAUACACAUUUUUCAUGUAAAACAUACAGUCAACUAAUUGGGAAACCCUGGGAAUUAUAACCCCAUCAUAAUUGUAAUUAUAUGUGAUGUUUUCUGAAAGUGUAUGUGAUGGUUGUGUAAAUGUAAAAAUGUGAAAGAUAACUCUAGUGUUAAGAUAUUGAGAAGCACCAAGAGUUCAUUUAUGUCAGAUAUUAUAGCAAUAUUUACCUUACUUUAUGUACGAAAGAAUACUGUGCAACCAGUCUUUCUGUAGCCUUACUUGUUGCCUUUGAAUGUGUUUGAACUCACUUUGUGGCAUGGAGAAUGGACAUGGAAAUUAUUAGUGGAUGAAGACAUGUGCCUUUGUAUGAUAAAUUUGUUAUUACUUUCAGUUAAAUAUGUUGUUACCAUAUCUUGCAAGUGUGUGAAGAACUGUAAAAGUAUCACUCUACAAUUUGUUCUAAGUCACAGAGACCAGUACUUGGUAAGUUGGAUUAGAGAGCACUUAAAUUAACAAAACUUAAAUCAACUGACUACCUAUGUUUCAAGAUCGAUUUGUUUUCCUCGGAGUGGUUUAUAUUGACAAUUGUAGACAGACAUAUUGCAGUUUAGCACUUUUUUAUGACCAAUAAAACUUACAAAAAUUGUUUUGGAGACUGAAGACGUUAUUUUUAAACCAUCGAUGUUAUGAAUAUAAUAGUAACUAUUCCUCAGUCACAAUUACGUUAGUUGUUUGAUCACUAUUUUUGAGAUGAAGCAGCAAAAGAAAUUAAAUAUUGCUUAGUUCAUUGUGCCUACAGUAAUCUAUGUGUUGCGUAAUAUGAGGAGGAGGUUAAUCACAUAUUUCUCUCUUCCAAGUAUCCUCUAAUUAGGCUGUUUCCAGGGUGCCUCUUUCCUCCUCCUCCUCCUCCUCCUCUCCCCUAAAUCUCUCUCUCUCUCUCUCUCUCUCUCUCUCUCUCUCUCUCUCUCUCUCUCUCUCUCUUUUUCAUGGAAAAAGUAACUGAAGUCAAUACACUUGGCUUAUUUUAGAAGUAUUUUUGUCUUUCACACCCACGAAUGACUUUGUUAUACUUCUGAAAGAAAAAUCUCAAGGCUUUUUUAGAAAUAAAAUGGGGGAAGGAGGUAUGAGGUAUUUCGUGUAGAAAACUAAUUAUUUAGGGAAAAUUGAUGAAACACAAGUUACUUUGUUUUAUGAUUGCAGGCAUGUGAUUCUGAAUUUAUAGCUUCCAUGCCAAAUAUUUCCAAACAAGGCUUUUUGUUGACUAGCCCAUUUUUUUUCUCAAUUUUCUGCUUAUUUUGAUAGUGUUAUAAUUACUAGUAGAAAAUUGACAAGAAAUUUUACAAUUUAUCACUCAUCUCUGUACUGUCUGCUAUUCUUCAAUAGAUGAUUCACAUUAUCAAUAAGUAGGUGACUAAUAUUGAUUGUAUAAUUAACAUUAUGAAAGACUGAAAGUUGAUUUAGAAAGCUACUGGAUUUUUACACCAAAUUGGUAUUAAGUUAUUCAGUUCUUCCUUUGAGAAUGUUCAAGAGAAAGGUAACACAAUCAACAAAUACGUUUGCAUUUGAGAUAAAUCAAUAGUGUAUUGGUUUAUUUAUAACAUGUACCUGUUUACUCACUGUGUUCUGCUGUGAUUGAUCCUUCACUAUUUCAAUAAUGUCUAAAUAAUCCAUGCUGCAUUACAUGAUCUCUUAAUUAGGGUAAGCAGUUAAUUUUAAAAAUGUAUAAAAUAAAAAUGAAGACAUGUAGUACUAUUAAGACUUGAAUAACUGUAUGAUUUAUGCCAAAAAAACGAGGUGUGAUAAAAUGUAAAGUAUAUAUUUAUGUAUUAAAACAAAGUUCAUUUAUAAUUUAGUAUAGUUCAGAAUUGUUAAUUGAUCGUAGAUUAGACUUGCAAUUUUUCUUGUCAGUGAAUUUUGCUUCAAGCAAUGAUCUUCAUUCCAUGCAUCUUAACAAAUUCCAGAAUUAAAUAUUUAUCAUGCAAAUAAAAAUACUGCAGUAAUAGUUUGGAUUGGAUCACAAACUUGUAAUGUCAUUCGGUAAUUGACUAGCACAUCUUGUUUACAUUUCGCAGAAGAAAAGUGAUAAAAACCAUACGCAUGUAAUAAUUUAUUUUUCUCAUUCAUGCCAGUAUUACUGGUCUCCAAGAUUCAUAGAUGGGCUGGAUUCUGCAGAGAAAUUGUAUUUAUAGACUUUUAGAAAUCUUGUUGCCUACCUAAUACAAGUGAAGAAAUGUUUAAAAGAAAAGGAGACAUACAAAUUGCAACAUUUAUCUUAAAUGUGAUUUGUAAACUAUUUCAUAACAAGAACAUACUGCCAUUUAUUUCUUCUCAAAAUCAUAUCACUGCCAUUCUCACCAAGUAAAGCAUUUUUAAGCUGUUCAAUUUGAAUUAUCUAACUGCAAAUGAGACUGUGAAUUAAUAUCUACAUAUGUAUAUAUAAAAUAUAUGUAUACAUGACUAAGCCUAUUUUACAAGGCUGAAAAUAACUGCCGUUUUAUUAAACAUAUAUUUAUUUGCCUUUGAAUGUCUAAUGGAAGGCAACAUGGGGAUCACAAAAAGUUAUUCACUCUUCUGGAAGUUAUUUGUUACUUGUCAUGAGGUUGCAAACCAGGCAUGAUAUUUAAACAUGCCUCAAAUGACAAAUUUCAAUAACUAUAGUAUGUUUUUCACAAGUUAUUUCACUAGCAUUCAUUUGAAAUGUAACUGUUGAAGAAAAAAAGUUCCACUAAAAUUGUUGCAAAAUAUUUACAUUGCCUACAAACACUGUUCUACAUACUAGCCAGUUGCCUUCCUGCAGUCCUUCAUAACAUGAUUGCUGUAGGCUUUAUACUAUAUUUAUGAAAAUGUUUGCUGAUUUUUUUUGUAGGGUUUAAUAUUUUUGUCAGAGUUGCUAGUUUUUGGGAUAUUAAACAUUUGUCUAAUAAAAACAAAUAAUGUAAUUUGCCUCAGUUUGUGUUGUUAAUUAAAUUUAAUGUGAAAGGAA